AUGGCGGGGAUUCUCCGAAACGCGUCUUCACUGAGACGCUCUCUGCUCUCGUCUGAGGUAUUCACUAGAGGUGUGGUUGGCACAUCGUUUCAGCUCCGAAGUUUUGCUGCCAAAGCUAAAAAGAAAUCUAAGUCAGAUGGAAGUACAUCAUCUGAGGAAGGUAUGUCGAAAAAGGAGAUUGCUCUUCAGCAAGCACUUGAUCAGAUUACCACUUCUUUUGGCAAAGGUUCUAUCAUGUGGCUCGGUCGUGCUGUUUCUCCUAGAGAUGUUCCCGUUUACUCUACCGGAUCUUUUGCCCUUGAUUUAGCACUAGGAGUUGGUGGCCUUCCCAAGGGACGUGUUGUGGAGAUAUAUGGUCCUGAAGCAUCUGGAAAAACAACACUUGCUCUCCAUGUUAUUGCAGAAGCACAGAAACAAGGAGGUACCUGUGUAUUUGUAGAUGCUGAGCAUGCGCUUGAUUCGUCACUUGCUAAGGCAAUCGGUGUGAAUACAGAAAAUCUGCUUCUAUCACAGCCUGAUUGUGGUGAACAAGCGCUUAGUCUUGUGGAUACUUUAAUCCGAAGUGGUUCAGUUGAUGUUAUUGUUGUUGAUAGUGUGGCUGCUCUUGUACCUAAAGGAGAACUUGAGGGUGAGAUGGGGGAUGCCCAUAUGGCUAUGCAAGCCAGAUUGAUGAGCCAAGCUUUGCGUAAACUAAGCCACUCUUUAUCCUUAUCGCAAACACUUCUCAUUUUUAUAAAUCAGGUGAGAGCAAAACUAUCGACCUUCGGAGGAUUUGGAGGUCCAACAGAAGUAACAUGUGGUGGAAAUGCCUUGAAGUUUUAUGCUUCUAUGCGUCUGAAUAUCAGGCGAGUGGGACUUGUUAAGAAAGGCGAAGAUACAACAGGGAGUCAAGUUGCUGUAAAGAUAGUGAAGAAUAAACUGGCACCGCCUUUUAGAACAGCUCAGUUUGAACUUGAGUUUGGGAAAGGAAUCUGCAAGAUCACGGAGAUAAUCGAACUGAGCAUUAAGCACAAGUUCAUUGCCAAAAACGGGACAUUCUACAAUCUAAACGGGAAGAACUACCAUGGAAAAGAGGCUCUGAAGAAGUUUCUGAGACUGAAUGAAUCGGUUCAAGAAGAGCUCAUGACCAAGCUCAAAGAAAAGCUCAUCGUCGACGAAGCUGCAGAUAAGGAAUCUGAAUCUGAGGAGGAAGAAGAAGAUUCUGGUCGAGUUUUGGUUUCAUCUGAGAACACUGAUGAUGAAGCACCAGCUCUAAUUGUUACUGCUACAGUAGUUGAAUCAUGAUCAGUCACCUCCGGUUAAGAAUAAUAUUAAUCUUUUCGGUUUAAUGUGGAUUGGGUUCGUUUUUCCCUCUCCUCGUGUAAUUUAUGCGCGAGUUAAUCACAUUUACAUGUCCUGGCGAGAGUCUUUUGUAGCUUUUUAUAGGAAAGUUUCAUGUUUAAGGAAAAACUGAACAUUUUCUUACAGAGUUCAUUCUUAUCUAACAAGUUCAUUUUGAAACAUAAAUAAUUC